AUGAUUUUUGCAUUUUUGCUUUCAUUUCAUUUAGCGGCUUUAGCACAAGGAAGAAGCAGUCAGUCUAUUACAGCAGCCACUACAUUAGAAAUCGAAAAAGACUAUUAUUUUGUUAUUAUCAAUCCACAAUACUUCACUGUUAAUGAUGAAGAUGCCAGAGUUGUAUAUAAGUUCUCAGAAAAGACAACGAUUACUGUUAAACUCAGUGGAUCAUAUACAAAGCAAACAAUUUACUAUUUUUGUGGCAAAUACGAUGAUGCCGCUUUUGUUGACUUUGCAAUCGGCUUUAGUCCAGCUCCAUUGCUCCCUGGUUCAGAUUUUCCACAAGAUGAUUCACAAAAGAUGUAUACAGUCUUCUUACCAACUGCUGACACCACAUAUACAAUGCAAUUCCAUGGAACUUAUGACUUUUUAGACUAUAGCCUUAAUGGAGGAAACUUCGAGCACAAAGACAACAAUGAUACUUAUUAUACAUUUGAUGUCAAGGCAAACCAAUAUUACACCAUUCGUAUUCGCCCAACUGGCAUUGAAACACCAUUGGCACAGAUUGUGAAUCAAAAAAUCACUUCUACAAGCUUGCCGGAUUAUUAUUCAGUCUACGGAACAUAUAAAUACGAAGAUUGUACUUUCUGGGCUGAUAGUAUCGAUGGAAGCUCUGUACCAGCACCAGUUAAUAACUCGGCUCUUAAUAUUGGUAUUAAUGACCUUGUUUUUGCCAAAACAGCAUCAGGAAAUAGUUCACUCAAGUACACAGUUAAUGCAGAUAGUGUUUUCAUCAUCACAAGAACAGCAGAUAUGACAGGAAUCACUGGCAAAGUUACAUACGUCGAGAAUAGUAAGGAAAAGCCAUCGAAGGAGUUUGAUAUCAAUGACAAAACUAUUACAAUCGUGUGCAAUGUCGAAACUACAAUCGAAAUUUCCUCAUCCUUAUAUCCAGUUGUCAGAGUUGUUCUUUUAGAUACCAAGAACGUUCCAUAUGCAGCUGGAUGGGCAGCAAUUCUCGGCCCUGCUGAUUUCUCCCUCACAUCUGUAGUCGAAAAUAAGACAUUCGCAGCUUUCGUUUCAAAUCCAACCAGAAACACAUUUUCAGCCAGUUCCGCUGAUUACACGAUUACAAUGUACAGUGCCAACAGUACAAAACGAGAUUCAGACAAUACUUCUUAUUCAGAACCAGCUAUUGUCCACUUCAAGGUUGGCAAACUGAAAGAUGAUAUUGUCGCUAGUAUCCAAUUUUCAACCCACCUCUUUGACACUGCUUACUAUGAUGAUAUUGUCUUCAAUACUGAUUCAGAAGAAUCCCUCCAGGCAGGAAUUUACACCAAGAAAGCAUCUUCUAAUACUGGAGUAAUUGUCGGUGUUACUAUUGCUGUUAUCAUCGUUGUUGGAGCUGUUAUUGCAUUUGUUGUUUACUUCCGCUGCUUCAAAUACGCUGAUUCGGUUUAA